CAACCUUUCUCAGACACCCGCCGACAUUCGUGAGGUGAGGUCCACACACUCCUGGACUAGUUGACUCACUCGUUCACCACAACUCGAUUUGGAAAGACCAGUUUAGUUCCCGGGUGUGUGUGAGUGUGUGAAGUUCUCUAGAUAAUUGGCUUGUCUUCUCUGCUUCACAGUGCUGUUCGUCUCAUUCUGGUGUUUCCUCAUCGUCUGUGCUGCAUUGGUGCUGUAAAUGCUGUUUCCCUCGAACUUCAUGCUGCGCUAAAAUGCUGUUCAUAUCUGACUGAGGAAUGCAUUCUAGUUACGUUGUGUACUUGGUGAACGAAUGGUGACUUACAGAUAUUCAAAAGAGUCAGUCAAGUGUUCAGUAAUGAGUGUGAUUCAGUUCGAACAGUGACUGAAACACUACGUUUGAAUCAUCUCUCGUGAACCCAUACUAGUAAUAUAUAGUGUUUGAACCCACACUUGUGACUCUUUUUGAACCCACGCUUGUGACUCUUUUUGAACCCACGCUUGUGACUCUUUUUGAACCCACGCUUGUGACUCUUUUUGAACCCACGCUUGUUGAAAUCCAAAUGCCAACCCAGGUGUGUGUUUGAACCCUAACAAGUCGCAACAUCCUCGGAAGGCCUAAACGAGUCAAAUAUUUAAUAGCUAAAAAAAUUUCAACCUGAGACCCACACAACUUGCAGCCAUGAGUGAGGAUAAAGCCGCCCCAGGGAGGAUGUUCCGGUGUUUAGGAUAUGUGCUGUUUACGGUGGCGGCUGUGGCAGCGGUGGCGGCGGUGGCGACGGUGAUGCUGCCAGGGAGGGAAAAGGACUCAGCCGCCCCUCCGCCACUGCCUCCUCACUCCCGCCACAGAAGGACGUCUGGAGUACAUCCUCACACACAUCUCACCACGGCGCAGUUGAUCCAGGCUCGAGGGUAUCCAGCCGAGGUACAUCGCGUCAUCACUCCAGAAGGUUACAUCAUAGAGAUGCACCGCAUACCGCAUGGCCGCGCCCACACCACCCACCACGCCCACACCACCCACCACGUCCACACCAGCCCGGACGCCCACACCGCCCACCACGCCUAUACCAGUCCGCACGCCCACGCCGCCCACUACGCCCAUACCAGCCCGCACGCUCAGACAAAGAGAGAGAGAAAAGGGUGGUGGGCUGGAGGAGAGAAGGGUAACCUGAGUGUCGUCACGGCUGGAGGUAGCACUGGCAGUAGCGGUGAUGGCAGUCGUGAUGGCAGUAGCAGUUAUGGCAGUAGCAGUUAUGGCAGUCGUGAUGGCAGUAGCAGUUAUGGCAGUCGUGAUGGCAGUAGCAGUUAUGGCAGUCGUGAUGGCAGUAGCAGUUAUGGCAGUCGUGAUGGCAGUAGCAGCAGAAGUGGCAGAGGACGUCGUGUAGUCUUCCUCUUGCACGGUAUUAUGGAGUCCAGCGCCGACUUCGUCAUGAACGACCCUGACCAAGCGCUAGGGUUCAUGAUGGCUGACGCUGGCUACGACGUGUGGCUGGGAAACAACAGAGGAAACUAUUACGGUCGUCAGCACGUCACUCUCUCACCUGAGAAGCCUGAAUUCUGGGAUUACAGCUGGAACGAGAUGGCGUUCUAUGACGUGCCAGCAAUGCUCAGCUACGUGCGUCAGGCAAGCAACGUGGAGCAGGUCUUCUACGUAGGCCACUCGAUGGGAUGUGCUCUGCUUUUCGCCGCCAUGCAUUACCAUCCUCAUGUUAACUCCUGGAUUCGAGUGGUAGCGGGAAUGGCACCAUCAUCUUACACCUACCACAAAAGAGGUCCCAUUGGCUUCUUGGCUCCUUUCAUCGAUAGACUGGAUAGAGAGUUGACCAAGAGAGGAAUCGUUGAGCUGUUAAGACUAGAUCCUGAAACUUCCUCCACUGUGUCUGAAGUGUGUGGCUCUAAGUCCAUCACUAACUUUGUCUUCCUCUACUAUUUUAAUCCUCUUCCUCACUCUCUCUCUACAACAGGAAUACCUACCAGUGAUCUUCUCUCAUACACCACAGGGACUGGCCUACACGUCUUCACUCAUCUCCUGCAAUUGCAUCGAUCACGUAGGUUCCAAGCCUUCGACUACGGUGAGGAGAGGAACCUGGAGAAGUAUGGGACGCCUUUACCGCCUCCUCUCCUCAACCGCGUCAAAGUUCCUGUCGGUCUCUUCUAUUCUGAUAAUGACUGGGUGGUCGAUGCUCUGGAUGUGCUGCGGACGGCGUCGGAGCUGCCCUCGUUGGCCCUCCUGCAUCGGGUUCCUCUGAAAGAUUUCAACCAUCUGGACUUCUUGUGGUCGGAGAACGCUCACUACCUCGUCUACCAUCCUCUUAUUAGAUUUUUCAAUGACUUUCCCUGAAGGAGGAUAACUGAUGGGUAAGUUU